AUGUUCCUACGUCAUGCAUACCAGCUGAGUCAGUGGAAGAUGUCACACCGCGGAGCGCUGAUAGUUUUUGAAGGACUUGACAGAAGCGGAAAAUCCACGCAAGCUAGACGGUUAGUGGAGACGAUCAAUGCAUCCGGUGGUAGCGCUAUACUUCUACCUUUUCCUGAUAGAAAUGAACCAUUUGGUCAGGUCAUUGACCGAUAUCUGCGGAAGGAAAUCGACCUUUGUGAACGAGCUCUUCAUCUAGCAUUUUCUGCUAACAGAUGGGAAAAGGUCGCUUUGAUAGAGGAAAAGAUUGCUUCUGGUGUUGAUGUGAUAUGUGAUCGAUAUUGCUUCAGUGGAGUGGCAUACUCUAUUGCAAAAGGUCUCGAUUCACAUUGGGUCCGUCAAGCAGACAUUGGUCUCCCGCGACCUGACGUCGUGCUCUUCUUUGAGGUCUCACCGGAAGUCGUUAAACAACGAGGAGGAUUCGGAGACGAGCGUUUGGAGAACGACCAAUUGCAGAGAAAAGUCCAUACAGCGAUGGAAACGCUUAGGAAAAGCUAUUGGGAGACCGUUGAUGCCGACGGAGACAUGGAGUCUGUGGCAGCUGUGGUUCAAGAGAUUUACUCAAAAAUCCCGAGGGAUAAGCCAUUGAGCGUAAUUGACUCCAUUUGA